GCAUACCAGUGUAUGGAUAGUUACACGAGAGAGAAGGUCGGCCUAUGAGAGAGUGGAAUCUAAGAUAUUUCACUUUGCGUAGGACUAUUCCAUGUCAGAUUUUAUGCUUCUUUGGAAUACCUUAAUUUGGGAUUCUCUGAGCUGGAUGCUCUCUGCAGAAGUUAGCGAUGAAGGUCACACUGAUCAGCAGAAGUUCACAGCGGAGGUUUGAAAUUCUAUGCAGGAAUUUCCCAUGAAAGCCUGACAUCUCAAGUCUUUGGAUUGUAGUUCAUUCAGGGAAUUGAAGUCUACGGGCCAUUGGAUUCAACCUACUUAUGGGAUUAAUCCUACUAUUGUGAAGGAUCAAAGUUGUGAUUAUUCACUUUUACCUACGUGUACAUAAAUUACGUGAAUGUAUUUUAAAACGACUUGACAGUUGCAUAAUAUAACGAGGGCCUAGUACGGCAUGAUGCGUUUGUUGUAAAAAAAUUCGCCUUAGUGCAGGUAGUGAACUAAGUUUUGGCAGUUCUUUCGAAUGGCCAGAAGCGGUGCUUAUUUCAGCAUACCGUCUGGAAAAUACUCAGGAUAUUUGAUGACUAUAAAAGCAGUAUUAUGACAAACUUUUGAAUAAUUGAAAUUUCGUAUUUCUGAAGGAGACUCGCAGUACAACACAAUGGUGAAUAACGUUGCUGAAUUUAUGACGGGAGUCGCAUUUGGAUAUCUCGAGCUGUAGAUUACUCACAACAAGAUGGCUACCAACGAGAAAAAGACUCCCAUUAUACUUUUCGACCUGGGAGCUGACUCCCCUGCUGCAUCACCAGUCCUUCCGAAGCGAAGGAAGUUGGAACCAGGAAGCCUAGGGUUGAAUCUUCCUGUUCAAGGUUCAAUCACAAGUAUCAGUUCCUUGAGCAGCGAUCUGGAUUCACCAGUUCGAGGCUUCCUAACCCCUGAGAAGGGUUUUUUCGAUGACUCUUUCGACAGCAGCAACUUGAGUAGUGCUGGUGAAAGUCCCAGUCCCGCGCAGGCACGGAGGUCGCCGAGGAAGAGGUUCAAGAAAGAUGCUCUUUGGCGUGCGAUCCAGCCGGCGUACCAGUACCUCAUGGAUGAAGAGAUCAUUGAGACUUGCAAGUCGACUGAGAGUGAUCUCUCCUGGGACGAUGACGAGCUCACCAUCAACACUAAAGUCUCCUUCACCGAGUUUAUACAGCAAUACAAGGAGCUCACUGAUUGGCUCACGACUAUUCAGGUGGUCACCCAACGACAGGGGAUGACCAGUCUUUCGGAAAAGUAUCUCAAUCAGAGUUACCAUGAAGAGAUGUUGCAGCGUUCGCCGCGGCGCAAACUUUUCAACGACUACGCCAAGCAGCUGAUGCGUCGCUUCCCCAACAUGAAGGAAGAGAUCAACAGCCGCUUGAGGCACCUCAACGAGCAGUGGGUGUUGCUCGAGAACGCCAUCAGCCCACAAGAUGGCGCUGACGAGGAGACAAUGUUACGAGAUUUGGAGCUGGACUUGAACGAUCUCCGUCGCUGGCUUCACGGUGUUGAGAACACCCUGCUGCCCCUGUGUAUACGCCAGAGUUGGACGCAGGAAAUGUUGGAAGACAAGCUCAAGGAACACCAGGCCCUUCAGAGAGACAUUGAGUCGCACUCCAAAAUCGUCUCAGCAGUCCUGAAGCUUUGUGAGCGGCUCCACUCAGAGAAACAAGAUUGUCAAAAAGGCUCCAGCAACGAGUGUGAAGGCCUGCGCAUCAUUGCAAUAAAUCUCGAGCGACGCUGGCACGCCAUCUGGUUGCAAUCACUAGAGUGGCAGUGCCGUUUGGAGGAGGCUAUCAACAAAAGAAAGAACCCGAACAUCUCCCCAAACAGCACAGGAGGCUGGGAAGUCCAAUACAACUCUGCCAUACCAUUUAGUAUUUCUCCGGACCACGUGCACGGAAUAGACGACUCAGACCAAUCAACAGAUUUCUUCGACGAAGACGGUGAUUUAGAAUUUGGUCACAACUCGGAUGUCCUUCCAUUCUCGGAGGAUGAGUAUGAGAAGUUUGCAUUAGAUGUUCACUGUCAGACGGAGAUAUUCGACAAUCCUGAAACCCUUGUGGAGAAGGAGAUUGUAGACGACGUCGAGCUGACCCCAGAUGAACUCUCCAAGACUGUGUAUAUACAAGAAGCCGACGGCAAUGGGUUAAAAAUGUGGAGCUCCUCUGAGCGUGUUACGAAGUCAAGCUCGAGCUCACCGACGGCUGAUUUGGAUGCGGCAAAGGAUUCGAUGGAAGUAGACGACGUUCAGUGUAAGAUGGAGGUGACAGAUGUUGGUUACGGCAGCGAGAGUCAUUCGAAUGAUGAACCUGAUUCUGGGGAGAAGGCUGAGGCAGGCGGAUGUCAGACGUCUGCCUCCCAAACAGAAGUGGUGGAUGUCACCACCAGUGAGGUGCAGACGCAGGAGGUUGUGUUCAGGAAUCGUGUUGUGUUGAGCGAUGGUGGACUGACGUCUGCUUCUGGUAGUCUGCAGACCGUAUUGUCCUGUCCAACAUGGCGGGACUCGAUGACGAGCGCGUAUGACACCAGCUCCAACUGCAGCGACCACCCGAGUCAUGAUGUUGUCGGUAACCAUUCCUGUCGCCCUACUUCCCUCUGCAUCCCUGAUGACGACACUUUACUGGAAUUCAAAAGUAUCAAUGCUUCUCCUGGUGAAAAGUUCUAUAAGGUGACCGCUUUGGAUGACUACCCAGGGCAAGGGGUAGAGAAUGCCAAGAAAAGCCUUUUUGAGGUAGUCUCUGAACCCCCUAGAGAUGAAGCUGUGGUGAUCGCGAUUGCAGAAGAUGUGCCAGAAGCCACGGACUUGAUGUGCAAACCAGUCAAUGGCGUGAUCAGGUCAGAUCCUUCUCUGACGAAGAACCGAGCUGAUAUUCUUUGGACAGAAAUCGAACACCUUGAAGAAAAUGAAACUCAGAAACAGAGCAAGUUGCUAACUACGCUUGAAAAUAAUGACUUAGAUGUGCGUAGCUCUUACACAGCCGAGUGGACCGAGCGUACGAACAAGUGGUCAGGAGCAUUUACUGCACUCAUUGAGUCGACAGAAACUAACUCUGAAAUGAUCUCACAGUUGCAGCAGAAAGAAUUAUCUCAUGGCAGCUUAUCUGAGCGUCGAACAGCAAGUCGCGACUCAAUACGGAGGUUGGUGUCACAAGCAGAGAGUCUUGUCAAAGAUGAUGACUAUAACACACAGCGGCCAAAAUGGCGGGAUCGCAAGCAGCGACGAAGGAGAAAACCCAAACUGGCUGUGAGUUAUUCUUUAACUAGCGACGCUUCGAUGCCAGAAAAUAGUGCAGAUUCGUGCGACGCCAGUGGAGAAACCACCACUGAGUCUGAGGGUGAAUAUUCUAGCGCGCUCAGCGAUACCGAAUAUAAAAUAAACUCCAUCUUGUCGGUUCCAGAGGAAUCCAGUGCCCAUGACACCACAGGAUCUACGCUUAAGAACAGCUCAUAUACAGCCACACAGCUUACCUCUCCUGAGUGGGAAGGAGUCAAACUUCGACCAGGUCACAAGCGGAAGUUUGAGCGUCCACGGAGCGUUACAGAAAUGUAUGAACUCAGUAAUCGUCUUGAUUUGAGCCCGUUUUCUAUAUCCGAGGGUUCUGUUGUGACAUGCAGACACCCGAACUCAGGCAUUCCUGUACAAACACUGGACACUUAUCACACCAGCGAAUCUGCCUCUUCACUACUCAAUUCAAGGUGUAACACGUUGCCUCGGACGCAGAAGCCAAAAUUCCGGAAGAUGAAGCGCUCUCGCUCCGAGAGUGAGCAUCUUUCAAGCGCGCCCAUGACACAUCACUACCAUUCAUUUAGUAAGGAAAACUCACCAAGUCGUUUUUCACGAGAAGGGUCAUGUUCAACAGAGCGUAUCUUGUCCAACAAUUCCUCAAGCGAGAGAACAGUUGGUUACAGUGCAGAUAACUUGUACGUGUCGUCGUCCACCGAAUAUCAAGAGCAAAAGAUAGCUGGAGAGAGCGGUGAUGGUCUUGGACAACCUCUCUAUGAGUAUGACCUCACGGGAAUAGCUGCUGAGUACGUGCAGACUGUCGGUAACAUCAGCGAGGAGACUGAUGAUAAUCUCAACAGUACGAUCGAGUCGUUCUCCGAGAAUGCCUGGGACAACUACCAGGAUCCGUACCCGACCGUCAGCGAAGAUGGAAACGAAGAAAAGCUCGAUGACAGCCAUUUGCAGUGGGAGGCAAGCACGCUCAGCAGUACCUUUGAAUUUGAUGACGAUUUCCAACUAUCGGAUCGGAAGAAGAAAUCAUCGGGCUACUUGGCAGAUACAUCGCGUGUUGAUGAUUCCGACUCUGACCUCGAUGAUCUCCUCCACAUCUUGGAGCAGUCCCUGCAACAGCUUCAAGUCGCACAGUCCAUGCUGACCUGCCACAGGAAGGAUGCCAUGGACACUGGCAUUUACCUACAGCCGCAGAGAUAUGCUGAAAUCUUGGCGACCUGCCAGACGAACAUAAAGUGCCUGCAGACGAUUAUUCAGACGCUAGUGGAGACUGACGGAUCCCUGUGUGUCGGUGAUGAUGACUUCCUCACAGUCCAGAAUACGAUUGAUCAAUGGACGCUGCAUCGCAACAUCGCCAUCCAGAGGCAGGAACAGUCGAAGCAGCUGUGUCAGCUCUACCAGGAGAUGGUCGCCGUCAAGAAUUGCCUCGACGACACUGAGGACUUGAUGGAUGUCAAUCAGUACCCUGAUCACUUCAGCUUGGAACAGAUCAUCAAAAUCCUGCAGGAUAAGAAGUUGGACCUUCACCAGCAGCGCGCCAAGCUGGAAGCACUGAAGGAGAAUAUCCAAGUGUUCUCGACCACUUACCCGGACGUCAGGAUGGACCGCUUCCAGGUGGAGAUUCUGAACCUUACUGCCAACGGCGCAAAAGUCAGUGACCAGCUUAGUGUUCGCUUCUCAGAGUUCCAAUCUCUCCUCAUCUGUUGGUACGACUACAAUGAGACGCACAAAGAACUCUCCUACUUCUUGAGUAAAGAAAGGCAGCUACUGCAGUGUCUGGAAAUGACGCUGUCUAUAAUGGAGUUCACCACUGAGCAGCGCCGGGCGGUGGUCCGUGAUCUCAAGGGAAUGCUGAAAGAUUUUAACAUGUACGAACAAAAGCUGACUGCCAUGCGGCGUCUGUCUAACGAGGUGCUGUCAAUCUGCGACAAGGAAAAGCAGUUGGAGAUCCGGGCCGAGGUAGCAAUGGCCAGCAAUGAACUGGCGGAGUUACGCAAACGUUCCCAAGAUACCAUGACAAAGUGCAUUGAGCAUUGCGGUGACCUACCUCUCGAUAUUGGAAUCGACGACGACACAGAUUCGGGCAUCGGAAUCCAUCGAAGGACAGAGUCGAUGAUGGGGAUUGAAACGAUUGGUGCUGCAUCUGUCUCCACGGAGACUGAGGUGUUUGCUACUGCUGCUGCUACCCAGACACCGUAUGAUAUUGAGAGAGGUGAACCCGUGAAGGCCAAAAAGGAAGAAUACUCGCUCAUGAAGUUGCUGGUACGGAUGGCGCUACCAUUCCAGCUGGCCAUCCUUGUCCUCUAUGGCAUCCUCUGCUUCUUCGACCGUGACGGCCAACCUGGUUUACUCUCGUUUUCACCAACACUCAGAUAUGUCCGUGGUCCACCACCGACCUGAGCUUUGAGGUUGUAUGGUCCACUGUCUCUGCGUGGAAGUAUGGUCCACUGUCUCUGCAUGGACUAAGUGCCUGAGCUGGUCCUCAUCCUUCAGAAACAAUGAACUGCAGUGGUGUUGUCUGAAAAAGCUAUAAGUCAGCCACUUGCAGGAUGGGUGCCUGGACAAUUCACCAGUGUGAAGAAUGAGAUGUAAUGUGAGAACUCGAAUCAACAUGUGUGCAAUUUCAGAACUCUACUGUUCUAGUGCAAUGUUGCUGUGAAAGGAGAUGAGGACUUUGGUUUCAAGGCAGAGUUGGUUACUUAUCAAGCUGGCGAUGAAUAAGGACUUCAGGUGGUGGGCUAGGAAUGCAUAAAUGAAUUGAGAUGGUGAACAAAGUCGAAAGAUGCUAAUCUUGGAAUUUGCAGAUGCAGAACUUUGGUUUCUGUCACGUGUACAAUUCUAGAAUUUGCUUCGUGACAUGUAAAGUUGUAGAGUGUUGUUAAAUUGGAAUAUGUUCUCUGGCUCUGAUUGCAUGCAAGGACAAGGUCCUGUUCAUGUGCAUGUUUAUCAGGCGUUAUGUAUUGAUUAAUGCGUAUGUUACAGAGUCAUGUCAUGAAUUCAUGUGUAUGUAGGCUGUUAUGUUACCGAUCGCGUUUGGUUUUGUGGCCGCCUCAUUAAAUCAUGUGCAUCUUAUGGAAUGAAAUAUACACAGAGUUCUGAUCAUACAAUGUAGCAUGAUAUCAAGGUUAAUAUAUCACGCAUGCUACCUUGUACUUAUUGAAGAAUUUAUGAAAAAGAGAGCCAGGAGGGUGAGCGAGAAAAGGCAUCCGGCUUUUAUAGGUGAGCGGUAAUGAUGUUGGCUACUACUUGACCCAGCGCACAUUCACAUUGAGUCUCUCAUGCUCAGCUUUUGGUGGCAGAAUGCUAUUGUGCGUGUGCGAGACUCACUAAUAGGACAGCUGGUGCCACCUAGCCGUUAACAUCAACAUUAUCUCCCACCCUGAUAAGCUUGAUGUUAUGUCCUGUAAGGACUCAGAAGGGGUGUACAUAAUCAUGUAGUCAACUUAACUUAAGGUCCACAAGUUUGUCUUAUUUGUACUCAAGUGUGGCUUUCUGCAUGUGUUUUAAAUGACCUGAUAAAAAGUUAAAAUACCAAAAAUCGAGUUACAUGAAGUUUGGUGUGUUUGCGAUUGCACUGAGACAGAUAUAUUAUCUUUUGCAUGAACUAUUUCAUGUAAACAAUGUAAUGUAUUAGUGUGACAAGGUAACUUGUGGCUAUCAGGCAGUUUGAGAGUCUGAUGGUAUUAUCAGUGCAUUAUACUCAUUAAAUAUGCAGCUUGAGUGAUGCAUUUGUUGCUGUGCAUCCAUUGUAUAUUGCAAAACAUAUGCAGUACUUGUACCAGGGUUGUAAAUGGCAUCAUGGCAUGCCUCGUAACAGUUUGAUGGAAUUUUGUAAGGGCUGAGUGAUAUUCCAUCAGCUAACUAAAGGAACAGAAAUUCAUCAGAAAGCACUACCGGGUAUUCAGUAUGCUCUAUACCUUGGUGUGCAAAUUCAAAUAGUUUUAGAAUAAAUGUAUUGUAUUUAUACUUGUUCACGUCUGGAUGUGUGAACAUGUAUUAGGUCUACAUUGUAUGCAAUUAGAAGUACAUCAGAGGGAUGGUAUGUUCCUAGUUGGAGCUCUGGGGGACAAAAUAUAUGUAUGGGGGGAGGGGGAGGGCAGUCUAUGAUUGGGGAAAAGUGGAGAACAAUGAUGUCUGUCAUGUCGAAUAUCAGUGACCUGCCACAGACACAAACUCUAGAAGUGAAAUUUCAACAAAAUUUUAUUUUUUGGAACAAUCAAGAUUUCAAGUAACUAUUUUACGAAGUUAAAAUCAUCAAUUGUAUUUGACAAUUUUAUCACGUCACUUGUUAUAAAACUCUUCUUACUGAAAACUGCUGAUAUCUGUGAAUGGUAUUUUGGUUAUUACGGUGGACACUAGUUAUACCAGAGGUCAUUUCUAUGCGAUUGAGUUUGAGGCGUAGAGUAUUUUAAUCAUUUAAAAACUGAACGCAAUUGUGACCGUUUGAUACUCUGGUGGUCAGUUUCAUUUUGUAUAAACCUUAAAAAUCAGUUCAUUUUCCACUUUCAGUAAUUGAUUUGCCAUCCGUCUCGUGCAGCUUUCCACCAUAUUAGACUUGUUACUAUGGUUACUGGUUUGUUGAUGUCCCACGACAAAACUAUGCAAUGGCUUGUUGUGUGUUACACGCACAUGUCCGGUUUUAACCUUUUUAAGUCAAUCACGAAAUACUUUGAAAUUGUUGUUAUGUUGACAAGUUAUGUAGAGAUACUGUAGUUCUACUAGUUUUCAACAGGUCUAGAUUCAGAUUUUGGGUGUAUUUUUUUCUUUGGCAAGGGGAAGUCUUUGGUGACCUUAAGUUCUGUUUUUAAAUUAAGGGUCACGACAUUAACAAUGUUAGACCUAAGAUUCUGGGCUAUGGGGUGGUCUACUGAUUUAGAAAAUCUGAUUAUGUCCAGCUCCAGUUGUUUUAACCUGGUGGCAUUUGAUUCGUAAUUUGGGGUAUCGUAAUCUUGAGAAAUUUCCCUUUAUCAUAUUUUCAAUUCUAUGAGUUCUAAAUGAAGAAAAGAUUUUGAUACAUCUGGAGAUUUAAAUUUUUUUGACAAAAAAUCAUCGCUCAACAGUAUAUCGUCAGUUCUGAAGAAACUCAAAAUGAUUACAGAAUUUGAAAGUUUCAGGUGAAUUUUUAUAAGCAUCAAAAAGAUGAAAAGUUGCAUUUAUCUGUAAGUCGACUUUUAUAUAAUAUUCAAAUGUAUAUAGAUAACCAAUUUGGUUUUAGACGGGCAGUACUAUACAGCUGCAAAUAGACCUUGCACGUUGUGAGGUGACCCAGGGUUCUGGGUCCCUACACAUAGUGCAAACAGCUUCUAACUAGUCAUUAUGUGUAUAUGUUGUUUUCAAGUACUCAAAAAUAUGUAUUUAUUUAUCAGGUACUGAGCCAAAAUGAUACUUUCAGGGUCAUUUAGGUUGAUUUUGUUAAAUUUUUAUGAUUUUUACGUAAAAAAAUUGUUAAGUGAAAUUUUAGGACUGACAGAGAUUCUGGAGUUCUGUUUGAAACUGCCUUUAAUCUAACGAGGCCAUUCGUCAUCAUUCCGGCUCAUACCUGUGAGAUUACAUUGUUGUAGAGAAUUACAUCCUGAGGUUUAUUUUAUCCUUGGUUAGAUUAGACUAGCAUGGCCCUUGGAAGGACAAAGGGGAUUUCUUUAACCUGCAUGUAAAAGUCUUGUGAAUUUUUAUUGAAUUGAUACCAAAAUUUGUUGCAAUGGGAAAUUUUACUUCAAUAAUCUCGCAUUAAUUUGUAUGUUGGAGCAUUUUUUAAGGGACUUCAAUGUGUUUGGGAAAGUCGAGUUACCCUUAGUCCUUGUAAGGGAUUUAGGCAGAUAUUUCGGGCUGAAGUUGACGCUAAAUCCAGUAUAAAUUUUACGGAAUGGUGUGCUGUAUGUCAUUUAUUUUUUGUACAGAUUCGAGCUGUCAGCUUUCUUCUGGAAAAACUUUAAUUGAGAGUGGUGUAAAUUUGGUUCAUUCGAAAUAGGUCUAUUAUUUUCUUACUAGAUGUCUCUCAGUUAAGUCAUGUUGACCUGGGCGGAAACCAGGUAGACUUUUACUUAAACACUACGGACCAUCAAUCUGAUUUUCACCAAAUUGGCAUGAUAAUUGAUUCGAAAAACAGUUCAACAGAAAAUACAUGUAUCAAUUCUUAUAAUCAUCUGCAGGUCAGACAAAUGAUUUUCUUUUAAUUCAGUUUAAAUUUUGAAAUCAAGAAUUUGGUGUUCAUCGGAUAAUUCACCUUUCCUGGGAGACUGAAGGUUACUUCAUUAAUUUUGUGGUGCUUGAACUUCUGUUUUAAGUUUUUUCCAACUGAAAUAUCCAGUAUUAUGAUUUGUAGCAGUUUUGUCUGUCACGUCUUACUGUGUAGGCUUGUAAAACGUACUCAUGUAUAAGGUUUAUACUGUGGUCCAUUUCAGUUUAAGUUGACCUGUAGAGCCUAACAAAGUUGAACACUAUCAGUGGCAGUUUUAUUGGUUUUAUUAUUCACCCUGAAUUGAACUUGGCUUAGUGUAGCCUGCUUCCUGGAUAACUAGAAGAUAAAUCCACGCAUUAGAAAUUGCAUCCCUUUGACAAAGCCCUUAGAUCUUGGGCAGUUAUUGAAGUCAGUCAAAAAGUAGGUCUGUAUGACUUCAAUAUGUCGUCUAUUGGUCUUGAAUUAUUCAUUGUGCUCAUACAUGUAGCAGUGCUCCAUGUCCAUUAGCCUUUGGGAGAUAAUGAUGAAUAUUUCGAUAAUUGAUUAGUUACAAGGUAAUAUCGAAAUAAUCUGAAGGUUUGCGAUGGAAGGAUGAUGAGGAAGGGGUGACAAGAAAUUUAUUAAGAGCAGGGAAGAGUUUGAUGGAAAUUGGAGCACUGCUAUGUCUGUAGUUCAGGACCCAAAUAAACUUUUGUAUGAAUUCACCACUACUAAAAAAUAAAUACAAUCUGUACUAUUCGACAGUAAUAAAUAUUUUCUUAUAUCUUC